AUGUCUCAGGAUGGGUCCAGCAACCCCGUACUGCCACCGCCGGCACUCAGCACCCUCAUGAACGACGCUGGACGUAUAGAUAUCCAUAAGAUCGCCAUGGAGCGCACCUUCAGUCAAGAUAUCCAGGAAGGUACCCAGGAUCUCAAGGAAGCCGCAGAGCAAACACGCAACAUCAUCCUCGAUCUCAAUCUGGAUGGCGUCAUUCGAUGGGUCAGUCCCUCCUGGACCGAUGUCGUGGGCACCGAGUUGUCCUCGUCCAACGACUCGAAGAGCCAGUUUGUCAAGUUCAGCGUCAAGAUCGGGACGACAUCCGAGAUGGCACCAAUGCUGCCAGUCGAGCCUGCUUUUCCAAAUAUCGAAGAACAGAUGCGAGAACCAGACGAUGGCAAAGAGAUACUUGAGCUUGAAGGCCAGGGCAUCAUGGUCUACGACAGAGUGACUGGCGGCGAGUCGCAUACGAUGUGGAUGUUGCAGCCAGCGACUGAGCCUCUGUGCAUCGAGUUUUCGUUGCCUCAGAAACUGGUCGACUCCUUGGGCAUUGGCGCAGAGAUACUGGCCAAAUACCUGACCGAGCUCGCCGAGGACUCCGCGAACGAUCCAGAGAAUCACCCGCCUCCAUUGCCGGUGCUUUGUCGCGUGUGUGAACGCUCAAUUGUGCCAUGGUGGUUCGAGAAACACUCCGAUUUGUGUGUACAGGAGCACAAGGCCGAGCUGGACGUCCAGAUGGUUCAGGAGUCCUUGACCGAACAUCGGAAUGCGAUUGUCAAGGUACUGGACGCUUUUGAGGCCCGUCAAGGCCGCCCUCGUUCCCACGACGCUUCUCCUGUCCUGCUGGCAGCUCCGGAGUAUAAGGGCAUGCCUAUUGGAGCAUCGCCUCCAUCGUCUACAGCUGUCUCGUCCGGCCCAGCUUCUCAGGCGGCCAGCCCAGCCAGAUCCGGAAGUCCCUCGAACCUGAAUGUGCGGCCCAGCCAUAAUCGCUCACGCUCGUUUAUUGUUCGUCGACCUUUGGUGCGGAUUGUUGAACUGGUCCUCGACCUCUGCGACACCGCCAUUGAGAUCAAUGUACCAUCACUCAAGGAAGAGAAGCUGGCUUCCGAAGAUUUUGCGAAGGCACAAUCACCGCAAUCAGAAUCGCGCAUAUCUCAGGUGUUGCAAUGGCAGCAGCCUAGCAGUCUCGAGCAUGAAGCAGGCUUGUCAGCGCUGGCACAAGACACGGAGCGGCUGGCCAAGGCAAAAGUUGAAGCAGUCCAUCGACACCAAGUCAUCUUAGAAUAUGCCGAGCGCAUCCGACAAGAGUAUAUGGCUGAAGUCGACGCAUGCAUUCAAGAAGCACUGAUCAAGGCCGACAGAGCCCGCGCUGGCGAAUCUUUCUCGUCUUCAGACAGCGAAAUGGAAGAGAAUGAAUUGCCUGUCGAAGGAAGCCUAUCAGCACCAGUCUCCGACGAGCCCACUCCUCUGGCUCAAGAACCGACGUCUGUCCAGUCCGAAGGCUACGUCGGCAUGAAGUCCAUGGCAUCAGCGUUGCGCAACCCUCUCGACUUACCCGCUCUCUCACGGCUCAGUCAACGUCGCCCCUCCUCCCAAGCCGUCUCUACAGGUUCAAGUAGUCCAGCCGAGUGUCCCACGCCGAAAUCUCAUAAAGGUCCCCAGCUCUCCCAGCCGCAGCCCGUAUCGAACCGGCGCUCAAUGUAUGCCGAGGAUGGAAACGACAGCGAUGGGAGUAUGGCUUCGUCGAACCUGCCAUUAAGUCAGUGGCGGUCGGAUUCUCCCGCUGCUUCAGAUCAUGGUCUAGGACGGACUGCCAGUUCUCGUGAGCGCAAGAGAAGGAGUAUGCAUCUUCAUGGUCUGGGUUCUGCCUCGCCACAUCGACAGCACUCCCCAGGGCGCUAUCCACCUCCACCACCCUCACCACUACGUCUCACAAAGUCUCGUAUCCCGAGUGGCGAGCUUGCACAUUCCCCAAUCGUCUCACCUUUACUGACAGCUGGGGAAUUUAUGCCGCCGCCCGAGACUCACAGCCAGCAUCAUCGCCGACAGUCCAGCAUCCACUCAUCAGACGUUCGGGGUGGUCCGCCGUCGCCGCGCCUGCAUUCUAUCACUGCUCCGCAGGAGCGUGUCUUGCCACCAUCAAUCAAGGACUUCGAAGUCAUCAAGCCUAUCAGCAAAGGUGCCUUUGGGAGCGUCUACCUGUCAAAGAAGAAGCGGACUGGCGAGUAUUUCGCGAUCAAAGUUCUACGCAAGUCAGACAUGGUCGCCAAAAAUCAGGUCACGAAUGUCAAGGCUGAACGAGCUAUCAUGAUGUGGCAGGGCGAGAGCGACUUCGUAGCCAAGCUUUAUUGGACUUUCUCCAGCAAGGACUACCUCUACCUUGUUAUGGAGUAUCUCAACGGAGGUGAUUGUGCAUCCUUGAUCAAGAUUCUCGGCGGUCUGUCAGAGGACUGGGCGAUGAAGUACACCGCUGAAGUCGUUCUCGGCGUUCAGCAUCUUCACAGCCGUGGCAUCGUACAUCGGGAUCUGAAGCCUGAUAAUCUGCUCAUUGACUCCAAGGGUCAUUUGAAGCUCACCGACUUCGGUCUGUCGCGAAUGGGACUUGUUGGACGACAAAAGCGAGCGCUCAAACAGCCCGAUGAGGCACCUGAUCUUCUGAAGCAAGGCAUCCCUUUCAAAGAUCAGACGCAGUCUGACUCCAAUCCCACCUCAAGGUCAGCUUCCUUCGACUAUCACGGCGGAAGUGUCUCGCCAAUGAAUACACCACUCAUGACGCCGGCUCUGGCUGGCGGACUCGAUCAGCCUUCAAAAUUGGGACUUCACGACGCACCAUACUCCCAUCCAAGCGCGGCUCAUUCACGGAGCGGUCCAAUUGAGGAAGAGGCCGGAAGUCAAGGCAGUGCAUCUCCCGAUCUCUUCCCACUUUCGCAGUCGAUGAGUAACAUCUCUCACGCUCCAGCACCACUACCGCCAGUCACGGCUCUAUUUGACCCGGAAGAAGGCACUCGACGAUUCGUUGGGACACCAGACUACCUCGCACCGGAAACGAUCAAGGGCGCUGGCCAAGAUGAGAUGUGCGAUUGGUGGUCGCUUGGCUGUAUCGUCUUCGAAUUCCUGUUUGGGGUUCCUCCAUUCAAUGCCGAAUCAACAGAUGAAGUCUUCGACAACAUUCUUCAUCGGCGUAUCGCGUGGCCUGAUGAAGAGGAGUAUCCUUCGACAGAUGAGGUGAAGGAUCUGAUCAAUUGUCUCAUCCAAAUGAAUCCACAGGAUCGGCUUGGAGCAAACAAAGAAGACAAAUUCCCCAAUGGUGGUGCGGAGAUACAAGCCCAUUCAUGGUUCACGGACAUCAAUUGGGAGACCUUGUUAGAAGACGAGGCGCAGUUCGUUCCAGCACCUGAACAUCCAGAGGAUACUGAGUACUUCGACGCGCGCGGCGCUACGUUGUCAUCUUUCCCGGAAGAACUCGAGGAUCAGCUCUCACCGACUGGCCACACGCCAGGAUCUGGCGGCGAAUAUGAGCGACCCCACGACGCUCUUUUUAGAACUCGUACAGCAGCUGCGACGGGCAAGCGUGGCUUAAUGCCCCUUCACAUUCCGCCUCACGUCGCUAGAGACACCAGGAGCCGUCGACUCAGCGAACCUGUCGUGGCAGAUGACUUCGGUAAUUUCACAUACAAAAAUCUGCCAGUUCUCGAGAAAGCCAACAAAGACAUCGUUGAGAAAAUGAGGAGAGACACCAUGCAAGCUCAGGCUAGAGGCUAUGCUUCGCAGGUCAUUUCUGCCUCCAACACCCCAAACAUUGGUUCGCCAGCACCUUCGCUUGAGAGCAGUCCCAUGGUGCCAAUGCCUGUGAAACGGGCUUUGUCCAUCAGCAAGGGCCACAGACCUGCGUCACCAUCAGGACUCAACCUCAACGCCUCUCCCAGUCGCCCGUCCCAGCCAUCCUCGCCAUUACUCCUGCAGUUCUCGACGGCACAAAAUCAUGAGCGCCGCAAGACGUCUGGCUCCUCGCAGGCAUCAAGUGGAUCUAUGAACGCUCCAACCGGUUUUUUCGACAGUGCGACAGAGGCCAAAGGUAUACCACCAGGUACCUCGCCGAACAAGCCAUUGAAAGCGACUGUGCCGUUGACUGGCUCUCCCGCAAAGUCUAUCGUGGUACCUCAACGGUCCGGCAGCCUGCAUUCGAGGACACGUUCUCAGACUGUGGGAUCACAGGACGGCGGCGAAUUGCAGAGUAUCCGAGAAAGUUUCGCUCCAGGUCACCACAAGCGGAAGAGCCAGCUUUUCAACACACGAGAUCUGUCUCCCUCCAGUUCGGACAAUGAAGCUGCUCAGCAAAAGGCAUUGCUCAAAGUCCAGCGCCGAAGACAAAGUUCUCGACGCAUGUCCCAGUUCAACCUCAUGGAAGGCCAUGGUCCUACAUACCGACCUUUAGAUAUCCUCAUCGUUGAAGAUCAUCCCGUGUCCAAGAUGGUGAUGGAGAAGUUGAUCGAGAAACUCCGAUGCCGCACGAUCACCGCUGGCAAUGGACCGGAUGCGUUGCGUCUCGCCGUUAGCCAAAUUCAGUUCGACAUAAUAUUCAUGGAGUACAAGCUGCCCACUAUCAAUGGCAUUGAUGUCGCUCGAAUGAUCAGGGACACUAAAAGCGCCAACACUUCCACCCCUAUCAUCUGCAUGACCAACUAUCUGAAGGACCUUCCUGAGACUCAUCACUUUGAUGGCCUCAUGCUGAAGCCUCCUACGAUUCCUAAAUUGACGGAAGAGCUCUGCAAGUUCUGUUCAUGGAAGCCACCGCACAAAGACAUGAAGAUGACCAUGCCAUUGACUAUUCCAACCACAAGUACACGUCAUGAUCAUGCACCUGUACAGGACAGCCCAAGCUCUGUGGCCUCAUCACUGGCUCCCACAUUUGACUCAUCUUGGAAAGGCUCGAGUCGAGAAGACUCCAUCGGUAGCGCAGGCUUCUUUAGUGACUUGGAGUCGGUCAAAGCCGAUGAAAUACCUGUCAUAGUCUCGCGGGCCGCGACAGAUGAGUGGGCUCGCGGUUUAGGCAUCACUGGCGAUCAGCCGCAAACAGCCAAAGCUGCAAUGCCACAUCCGCAGCUACUGCAUACCGAAUCUGCGCCCCCAACGGCUCCUUCUGAUGAAACCUUGGUACGAUCAGAGCAACCAUCGGCGCAUACCUCUGAAGCUCGCGUCAAAAGACGAUCCAUUGAUAAGUCUCACUUGAGCGCUGGUGGUCCUGAAGAAGGAGACGAUGAGGAUGAUGAACUUGGCCACAACAGAAUAGGGGCGCGCUCACCCAUGCUCAAGUCUGCGCGGACAGCAUCCAAGCUUGGCGUCGAGAUGAUGCGGACUAACAGUCGCGGCAGCGUUAUCUCUAUGAACGACGAAGGGCGUGUGGCGGAGCCAGAGACAUUACGGAAGAGCCUAGAACUACUGGAAGGCAGAAUGGAGAGCCUGACCAUUCCGGAGGAGCCCCUGGUAGAAGCGUCCACCACCCAGCCCCGGAAGUUGGGCCGAACAGCCUCAUACCACUCUCAUCCAGACCCGGAAGAGGUUCGAGGGCAUAUUACGCCACCAGAGAUCUUUCCUCAGAAGCCGGGACAUACGGUCGCGGAUAUUGACAUGGACGCUGAAUUGACGCCCAUGCCAACGAAGAUCCAGGAGCAGCUGACGCCUAUGCCCAGCAAACUCGAGACCGAGCCCGUUGAGCAGGAUGAGCCGCCGACACCAAGAGCUGUACCUCGAUGA